AAUUUCCAAUUUGAUAAACAUGGCUGCUGGAGAUUUUUUUUUCACUCCUUGGGUUUUGCUGAUUAUAACGAGGGAAUGCCACGAUAAGUUCUUUUUUGAUUUUGAUUUUUUCGAUGUUCCAUGCCUAAAGCUUGUUAUUAGCAAAGGACUUGGAUAUGGAGUGGUUGUUGGCUCUGCAAUGGUCAAAUUACCCCAGAUAGUUAAGGUGAUCAAUGCAAAGAGCACUCGAGGUUUGAAUGUGCUGUCCAUCUAUGCAGAACUGUUAGCUUUCACCUUAAACCUUUCCUACAAUUUGGCAAAAGGUUUUCCUUUCAGCACGUGGGGAGAAACGUCAUUCAUGAGUGUUCAAACAGUUAUUAUCAUCAUUUUGAUAUACUACUACAAUGCAAACAUAUACGGAAUGGUUUUGUUUCCCUUGGUUUACUCGUUAUUUGUGUACGUUUUGAAUUGUGGACUGGUACCUUUGGACGUUCACACUAAAUUGCAAGUUGCAGUUUUGCCCAUUACGUCAUUUAGUAAGUGUCUUCAAAUCUACGAGAACCUGCGUAAUGGCCAUACAGGACAGCUAUCAGGCCUUAUGAUCUUUUUGAUGUUCGCGGGUUGUCUCGCGCGCGUUUUCACCACGUACCACGAGACUGGCGACAUGGUUCUCCUUUCAAGUUUUCUUCUCUCGCUUUUACUUAACGGAAUCCUGCUUUUCCAAAUUAUUUACUACGGAAGCAAGCAGUCUGACGCAAAAAGAAAGAAAAUCGAAUGAUUCAAAAGGGAUGAAAUUAACUUUGGAAAGCAACAUAUUAGAAUAUUUUGAAAGACUAAUUUUCAUGAAUGCAUUACACACAAUGUAAAGUGAUAUUUGAAAAUACAGAAUUGUGAUUUUUGCCUCACCGUAAAA